UGAAGGACUUUUAUUUUAAAAACGAACAGCAAAUUCCCCUAUUGUGGCUAGCUUCACAUAGGUGCUAGCUAGCACUAUCACCUUCAAACUACUUAGCACGUUCACAUACUUGUCAUUGUAUAAAGAAAGAGACGACCAUGGCGAAUUGUGACUAUUUACAAACUCAGCUAACAUCUGUUUUGAACUCGCUUGUUAAAAUUGCGGUCGUGGAACUACUGCGAAUUGUAGAGGAUAGCGCCGUUGAACUUCGUCUGGAGGUGUCCAAGAGUAAAUUUGAGAAUGAAGCACUGAAAAUUGAGAACGAAUCUAACAAAAAUAAGUUACAGAGUUUGGAAGCAGAACUGUGGACAGCGGGAAAUCGACCAUGUUCCUUAUGUUAUCGUUGUGUUGGUAUUCCAGCUCGCGGUAAAGGUGGAUGCGUCAGUCCCAAAAGAGAUAAUGAURCUGCUGGUCCUCCUAAUUCUUCAGAGGAGGACAAUGCAUCAUCAUGGCUGCAACAAUCUGCUCAUACCAUGGAAGAGACUACAGCAGCCAUGGAGAGGGAUGGGAUUCAAAUCGUUGUCAUUAAGAACGAAGCGGGGCAUGAAGGCACACAUCGGAAGAAGGACACACAGGCUGGAAUUUCAACAGAAGGUGAGCAGGCUUGUCCCAAAGUGGACAUGGUGUAUGGCAAGGAGUGGAGCCAAAGCUUGUGGCGAGACAGAGAUGCUGUCAAGGAGGACUCUGCAGGACCAUCGGUGACCCAUCGACAGGUCAAGACUGUUUCGGUUCAGAAAAGGCGGAGUGUUUGUGUGAAGAAGUCGGUCAUAGAAGAUGAACCUGCUGACUCAUCAGAUGCUGGUACCCAGCACCAGAACACCACUGAAUCCUUUGAUGUGGAGAAAAGUUGUGCAUUUGGAAGUUUUGAACCAGAAAGUUGUUUGAACUUUGAAGAAAACCACUUCUUGACUUCACCAGUCAACAUCAUGGUCCCGAAAUGUGUGAAGCUACCAGGUGCAGCAGCUGUCAUGGACACCCAAUUAGACAAGUCCAUGGACAUUGGCAACAUGAACAACUCCGGAAGAAAGAAGAGAGGGAGAAAAAAUGGCCCUUGUAAAGGCAAUGUAAAUUACUGUUUUGUAUGUGGAGAGCCCCAAUCGAAGAUCUCCCGCCACUUGAAACAGCACGAGAAGGAAAAUGCUGAAAUUGCUUAUGUCUUAAGUCUUGACAUAGCUUCAAGACAGCGGAAAGUGUUGCUGGAGAAACUGAGGAACAAGGGAAAUUUCCAACACAACACUAACGUCGUAAAUAAGGGAUCCGGGUGUCUCAAAGUAAAAAGGAAACCCAAACCGAAUAGUGGCGCGAAGAGAUUUGAACCUUGUCUUUACUGUAAAGGUAUGUUCAUUUGGCAAGAUGUGCGGAGGCACAUGGGAAGAUGCCCUUGUAGACCUGAGGGUGGAGAUAAAAACCAAGAGCAUCAUUAUGGCAAGAAGAGGUUCCUACAGAGCUGCUACACUGGACGAGUGAGCAGCAUGUUUAAUAAAAUCGAUGUGCAGCUCACGCCUGACGGGGGGGAUUAACUAGCACUUGUAUUUUGCCUCGCCACGCUGGCUUCGCCCUCGAGUGGGUGCUAGCAAGCAUGCUAGGCAUCAACAGCCAAUCCAUUAGGGUCUAGAAGCUAUAGUGAGCUUCAAUUGGUCAAUCGCGCUGCGUAAUCAAUCAAUCAAAUGUAUUUAUUAAGCCCAUUUUAUACAUCAGCAGAUGUCACAAAGUGCCAACACAGAAACCCUACCUAAAACCCCAAAUAGCAAGCAAUGCAGAAGCACGGUGGYUAGGAAAAACUCCMUAGAAAGGUUGGAACCUAGGAAGAAACCUAGAGAGGAACCAGGCUHUGAGGGGUGGCCAGUCCUCUUUUGUCUGUGCCGGGUGGCAAUUAUAACAGUACAUAGUCAUUAAGGCCAGAUUGUUCUCCAAAGUGUUCAAAUGUUCAUAGAUGACCAGCAGGGUCAGAUAAUAAUCACAGUGGUUGUAGAGKGUGCAACAGGUCAGUAUAUUAAGAGUAAAUGUCACUUGACUUUUCAUAGCUGGGCAUUCAGAGGUYGAAAUAGCAGGUGUGGUAGAGAGAGGGAGGGUUGAAAACAGGAGGUCUGGGACAAGGUAGCACGUCCGGUGAACAGCUC